AUGACAACAGUGAAGAAGAAGAAGAUGGCUUCUGCUGCCACCAUCGCUGUGUCUCUGCUCUGCUGCUUCAUCACCGCCUCCACAGGCUCUCCGGAUGAUUGUGAUGUGUACGCUGCAACAGGAUCAAGCUUCACUGUGCCACUAAAACAUGAGUUGAAGGAAUCAGAUAACCUGAAAUGGUUCAAGGGCAUGCGUGUAAUCUUUUAUCGCAGACAGAAACAGGUGAUCAUGGGGAAAAAUGAUGAUGUUGAUUCAACUGGAUCACUAAAGCUGACACAACUGACCAAAGACAAGUCAGGACGAUACAUCCCAGAGGUUAUCAAUGCAGAGGGAAUAAAUGUGGGGGGAAAUUUACAGAGUGUGCAUUUGUGUGUAUUAGACCGUGUGCAGAAGCCCAAAGUGACGAUGACGUGUACAGGCAAUAAGACAAAUGUCAGUUUUACUUGCAGUGUUGGUCAGAAUGAGAAGAUUGAAUGGUUUAUGGAUGGUAAACAGUUGGCAGAAAAAGGGAAGACGGUGACGAGAGUAGCCACAAAGGUGGAAAACGCCCAUUUCUCUUGCAAUGUUUCUAACCCCAUCAGCUCUGAGAUCAGUCUGCCUGUUCAACAAAUCUGCUAUAAGCCUGUUUUCUCUGAAACAAUAUUUGGAAUUAGCAUCUGGGUUUUAGUGGGUGGUGGAGCAGGUAUUGUUCUGAUUUUGAUCCUAAUUGUCAUCAUUUGUUGUAUCCGGAUCAGACGAAAAAAGCAUGUGCGACUAAACGAUGAGAGGGAGCUUUAUUUGCAGUGGAGCAAUCAAGAACAGGAACAGCCUGAUUAUUAUGACCACCGCUACCUGCAGCAGCUACCUGGCAAUACCAGCAAUAUGGCUGAAAACAGCAACUCGCCGAGCAACAUCCCGAAACCUGGCAUCUGUACACACUGUGGCCUGAAGAGAGACGACUUGAAAUAAUGCAAUCACCAGCAUCCAGCCUCAGCUAUAAGUCAUUUAUGUUUUUCAGCUUCGUGUUAAAUGGAUAAACUGGCUGCACACAACAAAUUGGCAGAUUAAAGGAAAUGACCUCAAACACACAGUCUGAAUAAAUAAUAAUGAGCAUGUGGUUGACAUGAAGUGACUAAACCAGUACAAACCUUAAUCUGAAAUACCAGCUGAUUAUCAAUAAUUUAUCAAACUAAAACACCAUCAAAACAUCUCCAGACUUUGUUGUUUUGUAAGUAGAUUUAAAAAAAAAAAAAAAAGUUACCCAGAGAAAGUGGGACAGACAGGAAGUCGGACUGUUUACAUCUUCUGUAGUAACUCAGGCCGUACAAUGUAAAGAAUGACUGUUUAAUCUUUGUGUACAUUAAGAGCUUUCUGCUCUCUUUGCUCCUUGUUUUGAAGGAAAAUAUUCUCUUCUCGAUGGGAAGAGUUCAUGCUGUAUAUUUGCUGUGAGAGUGAAAGUUCAGGACUUGCGUAUUUUCAUGUGUUUUUUCUUCUUUCAGAUUUAAAGAUUCCCACAACUGUGCACUGGACAAUAUAUUUGUUGCUGCUUCUGUACCACAUGCAGGAUGUAUAUAAAAUCCAUAUAAUCAAA